AUGUUAGUACGCUCGGCAUUCUUAUCGACACUACUCGCAUAUGUCGUGGCCUUCGAUAGAGCUGCCACCAACCGUACGCUGGUCGCGAUAUCCUAUCGUGGGACCCGACUCGACAUCCGUCAUGUACCGGAUAUGAUGGCACAGGUCAUCGCUGGUUCCGGUGGAGGGAUAUACACCCUCAGUCAAGACGACCGUGAGUGUGAGCGAUGCUUCGCACAAGAUGGCAUGGUGUAUGACUUGAAGGCGAUAGGGAUUCAGAUUGUAGAGUCUGAAUGCUCAGUUGGUCACAGUCAAAUUCUGAACUACUUGAAGAAAGCCGAAGAUGUGCUAGGUAUUGAAUUUCAGUGUGAGCCCGACUCUGAGGUAAGUCUAAUCCCGGACCCCCCGUCGCAUACAACUCAAGAUUCUGCUAAUUGUACUGGCGGCAAUUCCGUUCUCGGCACCAACGACCCCGGCUCUUCCUGCCAGCGUAAUCUCGAGAUCAUCCACAUCGGUGCGGCCUGGCGAGCAGCUCGCUCGGCUGNNNNAUCGCUUUCCUCAGCACUGAGCUCAGGAGUUUCCUAUACGGUGUUGGAGUAG